AUGUCAUCACCAGGACCACCACACAUGAUGCCCCAGAGCUACCCUACAGGAGGGAUGGGCCUUCGACCGUUGCAAGGAUUCAACCAAAUGGGACAUCCUGGCGGUCCUAGAGGGCCACUCUAUGGACAGCCACCCCAUGGGAUCAGACCAGGAGAUGGCCAACCAGGCAGAUUUCCUAGACCAGGAGAUUCUGGCAUUGAAGGGGUAGAAGUUCUAGGUCCCUGCAUGUCACAGCCAAUGACCUUGCCAGAUGGUAGACCACACCCCCUGUACCAACAGAUGCAGGCAAGAGGAAUGAGAGGUCCUCCACCUUCUCCUGUAGGUCACCCUAACUUGCAGAACCAGCUG